CGGAUACUUUUUCGACUUUAAUGAACGUGCCGAACAUCUUGAAACUGAACAAUGGACACUUGCUCACAGCUGAAGGGCUUUUUCAAGAGAACGGCAUAGAUGCGCCUCAUAGAGGUCCGAGAAUAAUACGGAGCCUGGACAAGCACACAAAGCGUAAUAAGAAGCGAAGAAAGCGUAAAAAACGGAAAAGGAAGCAUGGUAAGCAUCACAAAGAUGCGACCAUUGGCCAGUCACCGUACAAGGACACCGUGCAAAAAGCAGUGGGCCAGCGACAAAAGCGUGAAUACUUGGACAAUCUCUUUUGGGAUUCUUCCGAUUCCGGAUACGAAGAGCCUUUAAUUUAUAAUUUUAUAGACGUAACAAACGUUGCGUCCAACGAAAACGAUGACACGGCAUUGAAGAAGUUGAAGGAAGGUGCUGUGGAUAAAGGGAAUAAAGAUGCAGUGUUCAGCCUUUGAAGGAAAACGUAGCAAAUGAUUUAAAGAAAGAUGAGAGUGGAACUGAAGGAGAUGGAUCAAAAUCUUUGACCAAAACCCAGACUCAAGAACGGAUCAACAUUAAUGAAGACGAAAAUGCAUUCAGAGAGGAGGAGUCGAUAACAGGGAAAAGCAGAUUGGAAGAUGAAAUAUUGUUGCUGAACAAACGGCAGGCAUGGAGAAAGGAGAAUGAACAAGAAUUGGAGGAAGUGGCUUUCGGGGAGGAUAUGAGGAAGGCGACGGCAGACAAAGUGCUGUUCGAAAAAUUGACUAAAAUCGACAAGGAGAAGAGUGAAUUAAAUGCGACACGUACGCAGAAUUGCACGCUGCGAGAUUACGCUAUAAACAAUCGGAACAACAGUUGCAGUUUGUCGGACGAGGAUAAACUGAGGAUGCUCGAGGAGAAGAUAAAUGUUUAUGCGGAUAAGUGAAACGAAAAGCGUGACGCAAAGAGUGGAAGACGGUAGAGAAAGUUGCGAGAGCUGAAGAAGUUGGCAAGUUACGUGGUGGAUGUAUACUAACCAGCAAUGAAUCGCGGGACAAAGCGAACCGUUAAACAGGCGACAUUAAAGAAGAGCUCGUUGUAUGAAGAAUAAACGACAAGGAAGAUACAUACAUUACCAUAGAGAUUUCGCAAUUACGUGAGAAAUUUAAGUAAAACUUGUCGCAAUACCGUAACGAGU